GAUGACGACGGCGAUUGUGUAGCGGUGUGUGAGAGAGUUGCUGGAGCGGAGUGGAACGAGAAUGGCACGAUGUAUGGAUUGGAUGUGAUAGUGGCUGGCUGGAUGGAUGGAUGGAUGGAUGGAUGGAUGGUUGGAUGCGAUACGAUUGCUGGCGUUUGUUGA